AUGCUGAAGCGUUACAAGAGCUCGUCACAGCAGCGAGAGCGGGAGGUGUUUGCAUGCAUGGUGCACAACCUUUUUGACGAGUACCGCUUCUUCCCCAAGUACCCUCCCAAGGAGCUGAACAUCACAGCCGUGCUGUUUGGCCAGCUCAUACACCAUCAGCUGGUGUCGUCCAUCACACUGGGCAUCGCCCUAAGGUAUGUGCUGGAUGCCCUCAAGAAGCCUCUCGACUCUGUGAUGUUCAAAUUUGGGCUGAGCGCUAUCCACCAGUUCAAGAACGAGCUGGCGGCUUGGCCUGCGUACUGUGGCAAUGUGCUGGCUGAACCCCAUGUAAGGGAGGCUGACCCGGAGUUGGUGGCAUUCAUAGAGCGCUGCAUGGAAAGCAGGGAGAGGGAUACUGAUGCAGGUGGGUCAGUGGGGCCAUCAGCUGCAACUCCAGGCUCUGGCUCGGCCGCAUCCGGGCUGAAUACAGCAGCAUCGGGUCCAAGUGGCGCAACGUUUCCAAACUCUGGGAGGGCUGCUUUGGACCAGCCAAAUGGGGUGCAGACGCCUGAAGUUGCUCAUGACAGUGUCGGGCCCUCCCCCCAAGCUGGGGUCCUAGGCUUGCCGAACCAGGCAGACGCCGGCCGUGGCAGUGGUCCUACAGGAGGAUCGAGAGGCGCUGAGCCCGUGCAGAUGAAUGGGAUGCAGCAGCCCCAGGCGCCUCCCGCCGCUCAGCCCCUGCCCGAGCCACCAGCAGAGGCAGCCAGAGCCCAGCCGUCAGCCCAGAGUUACGAGAAUGGGACGAAGCCGCAGACCACUUCCACUCCCCAGCAUUCUGCUCCAAACACCGGCUCGAGCACCCCCUCACUUGCCACGAUCAAUGCCGAGACCCUAGAGUCCGCCGCGGCACAGUAUUGCGAUUUUCCAGUUCCACCUGAGAAGAAUAGGGACAGGUUCAUCUUCCUGCUGAACAACUUGUCUGCUCAGAACAUCGCAGAGAAGGUGGCACAGGUGGAGGAGUUCCUUGAGGACGACUACCUGCAGUGGUCGGCCAACUACCUAGUGGUGAAACGGGCUGCCCAAGAGCCCAAUUUUCACGUACUGUAUGUGAAACUCCUGGACCAGCUUGACAACAAGAAACUGCUUGAGUUCAUCGUGCGCACGACCCACCACUACGUCAAGGUGCUGCUGGAUUCAGAGAGGAUAAAGACGGAGAUGAGUGACCGGUCGCUGUUGAAGAACCUUGGCAGCUGGUUGGGGCAGCUCACGCUGGGGAAGAAUAGGCCGCUCAGACAGAAGGACCUGGACCUUAAGGCCAUCAUAUAUGAAGCAUAUGAGAGGGGGAAGAUGGUGGCAGUGAUACCCUUUGUGCACAAGGUAUUGGAGCCCGGCAAGGAGUCCAAGGUGUAUGGGCCCAACAACCCAUGGAUAAAGAGCAUAUUGGCGCUGCUGGCUGAGAUAUACACGUUAGAGGGGCUGAAGAUGAAUCUGACCUUUGAGAUCGAGAUGAUCUUCAAGGAUUACAACCUUAGCCUUGGGGACAUUGCUGCAUCCAAGGGCCUGGAGGAGUACCAACGGGAGACGAUCAACAAUGGAGACUUUUAUGAAAAAAAGGCACCCCAGCCACCACAGCCUGCAGUUGAACAGAAACCCAUGCAGCCUGUUGGGCCCCCAGACGUCUCCUCAUUGAACCCGUUGAUGGACCCAGUCUACACGGGGGGCCAGACUUCCUCGCAGCAGCAGAUCAUGUCAAUGCAGAACUUGAGGCAGGGGCCCGUGGAGGCUUCAGACAUGGCGCCAUUAAUGGCUGCAUCAGUUCCGCGGCCUGUGGUGAGCCCCUUCGGACCAAUGCCGCCUGCGCCGUCACCUGUGACUGGAGCCGGAGGGCAGAUCGCUGGCACUGAUGCUGCGAGCCUGCUGGGCCAGCUUGCAGGCACCCUGCACCAGCUGGUGACCAUCAACCCAAGCCUGAGUGCGAUCGCUGACAGGGUGCCAUUGAAGAGGCUGAUAUCCGUGGGCAUAGACAGGGCAAUCUAUGAGAUCAUAACCCCGGUGGUGGAGCGGAGUGUGAUGAUCGCCUGCACAACCACGAAGGAGUUGGUGACCAAGGACUUCGCCAUGGAACCUGACGAGAGCAAGCUGCGGAGGUCGGCGCACUUGAUGGUCAGCAGCCUGGCGGGUAGCCUGGCCUUGGUGACCUGUAAGGAGCCACUCAAGGUCAGCCUGCAGUCCCAGUUAAAAUCUGUGCUGCAGAGCGUGCUGGACCCUUCAAUCCUGGAACAGACCAUCAACAUUGUCAUCAAUGACAAUUUAGACCUCGGGUGCACCAUCAUCGAGCGGGCGUCAACUGACAAGGCGAUCAAGGAGGUGGAUGAGCGGCUGCUGCCAUUCUACCAAUCUCGGCAGAAGGCCAGGGCUGCAGGGACACCCUUUUACGACAUGUCCAUUUUUACAAAAGGCGGCGGUCGUUUUCCAGCGUCCCUUCCAGACAGCCUGAGGCCACGGCCAGGCCACCUGAACCCACAGCAGACCAGGGUGUACGACGAUUUUGCCAGAAUUCCAAGGGCGGGGAACAGCAACGUCUUGAGGAUGUCUGGGAUGGAGUCAUCAGGACAGCUGCAGAUGAGCUCCACAGCCGACCAAUAUGCCAUGAUGCAGCCCGACAAGCCCGCAUCGCUGGCCGAGAGCUAUGCACUCUGGCAGCAGCGCAUCGAUGCGGUGAUUUCCAAGGAAGCAGCCCAGAACCAGAGUGACUUCUCCCAGCUGCCUGAGACGUCCGAGGUGCACCACCUGCUGGCAGAACUGGUUGAGCUCGUCGCCCAGUGCCCCAACCGCGACGAGGUGGUGUCAGGCAUCGCUGAGAAGAUCUUCCUUCACAUGUAUGACCGCCAGCACCGGCUCCACACCAGCGUGCUGGCGGCUGCCCUUGCCCUCCUGCGCACCUCCGGCUUCAACCGCCUGCCCAGCAGCGUGACCUCCUGGUUCUGCCAAGUAUCGCAGGACGAGGCCCGGAGGUUCAACCAGCCUGUGGCCGGCGGCCUGAUUCGCGCUAACCUCAUGGUGUUCCCUGAGUUGGACCUCCACCUUGCUCGCUGCUUGGGCUCGGGUCUCAGUGCUCCAAUGACCGGCUGCGUGGAGUUCGUGCUCUACCUGGUGAAACAGUUUGUGAUGGGUGAGGGCAUCGUGAGGGCCUCUGAGCUUGCCAGCACACUGGACCUGUUGAGGAAGCUGGCGCUGAGGUCACCUGAUGGUGACCAGAUCCUGCACCUCAUCGACCAGGUUCGGGUCUUUCCGAAGGACUCCGACCCCGACGGCCUAAGGGACCAGGUGGCGGGCAUGUUUGACAGCUGGGCGACAGUUGUGCACUCGGACCCCACCGACGCAAAGAUCAAGGCGUGCGUGGAAGCCUUCAUGAAGGCCGGCCUUCUCAAAGGGGAUGACGUCACUGGGCGGUUCUUCAGGAUAUGUGCGGAGCUGUCUGUGCUGCACUGCGUCAACACAGAGGUGGCCAACGCCCAGGGCCAGAAGCCCGGAGACGGCCGCAUGUCCUUUGUUAUGAUCGACGCCUUCGUCAAGCUGGUGGUGACCCUCUUGGAGGUGAUCCGCGGCGGGGUGCCUGGCCUGCGCAAGGUCCUCGAGAUCAUCGUGCAGGUGCUGUACAGCGACCAUGACGAGCGGGGCACCCUGUACAACUCCCGCCCCUACUUCCGCAUAUUCUAUGGCCUCUUUCAGGAGUUGCUGCCCCAGGACAUCAGCGAGCUCCCAAGCGUGGACACCAUCGCUGCACUUGCCUGCGCGCUGGUCAGCUGCCGCCCGCAGCGCAUGCCUGGCUUCACCUUCUCUUGGCUCGAACUCGUCUCGCACAGGACGUUUAUGGCACGGUUGCUGAAGCUGCCAGACCGCCAGGGGUGGCCCUAUUUCAGGUCUCUCUUUAUGGGCCUCCUGCUCUUCAUGCAGCCCUACCUCCGCCAUGCUGAGCUGGGCGACACCCUGAGGCUGCUGUAUCGAGGGGUGAUGCGUGUGAUGCUGGUCCUGUUGCAUGACUUCCCUGAGUUCCUGUGCGACUACCACGUGGAGCUAUGCAACGUCAUCCCCCCGAGCUGCGUGCAGAUGAGGAACCUCAUCCUGAGUGCCUUCCCCAGCCACAUGCGCCUGCCUGACCCCUUCACACCCAACCUGAAGGUGGACCUCCUGGCCGACAUCAACAAGGAGCCGAACGUCUUCCCUGAGGUGUCCAGCCUGCUGCCAGCAGAGCUGAAGCUGGGAGUGGAUCAGUACAUCAAGACACGCAGCCCCACGGGCUUCCUGGACGAGCUGCCUCAGAGACUGAUGCUGUCGCAGGACGUGGCCAAGCUGGAGGGCACCUCCUACAACGUCACCCUGAUGAACAGCGUCGUGCUGUACACGGGCAUCCUGGCCAUCCGCUACGUCCAGAACAAGCCCGGGGCCUCCUUAGUCCAGUACGGCCCUGCGAUGGACAUCUUCCACAAGCUGGCCAACGACUUGGACACCGAGGGCCGCUACCUUUUCCUCAACGCCAUAGCCAACCAGCUGCGCUUCCCCAACAGCCACACCCAUUACUUCAGCUGUGUCCUUCUGGUGCUGUUCCUUGAGGCCCAGCAGCGCGUGCUGCAGGAGCAGAUCACCCGUGUGCUGCUGGAGAGGCUGAUCGUCCACCGGCCCCACCCCUGGGGUCUAUUGAUCACCUUCAUCGAGCUGAUCAAAAACAAGCGGUACAGGUUCUGGGAGCUGGGCAUCACGAGGUGUGCGCCCGAGAUCGAGCACCUGUUUGAGUCGGUCGCCCGGUCGUGUCUGCCACAAGCCCCCGACGACAUGCUGCACCAGGACAUCGCGGUGGCCUCUGCUGUGCGUGCCCUGGAGUGA